UGGCUAAAUGCGAUAACUAGGUUAAUUCCGUUGUUUUUAAAGAAUUCUGGAAAUGUAACUACAACUGUUUCUAUUACUGUAUGUUCAGGAGGACCUCGAAUAAUUUUGGACGCCUCGGAUCGAGUGAAUCGAGAACUUGUUUAUCGUUUAAAAUUGCCAACCUAUCCAAAAAAUAUCGAAGAAAUGAUUAUUGCUCGUUGCUGGUUAGAACGCCUAUUUAA